CCCAACAUUUCUAUCUUUACAAAAACCCACUAACUUUCACUAAACCUAUUUCUUCCAAAGUUUUCAUCUUUCCCACCUUACCAUGACCCUCCAACCCAAACCCGAACCCGGUUCACCACCGGGUUUCCAUUUAACCAACAAUAACACUAACUUCGAAGAAAAAACGAUUCCAGAACUCGUUAAUGUACUUCGUGCUGCGUUUAAAAUGGAAGUUUAUGACACAGUUGAAGCUGCUUUGGUGAGUAGGGAUAACAAACUCCGAACUGAGAUUCUUCAGCUUCUAGAGAAAGUUGAAAUGGAGAGACUAACUAGGUUACAAUGUGAAGAAGAGUUGAGAAAAAGAGACGAACUUUGUGAAAAAGGGAAAAGAGCUCAAGAAAGUUAUGAAGCUUUGUUGAAGGAAGUUAAGGUAACUGGGUUAGUUGAUAGAGAAACUAUUGGAGAAUUGAGAAAGAAGAAUACUGAAUUGGAAUGUGAAGUUCAGAAAUUGAAGGAGAAAUUGGUUGGUGAAACCGAUGCACUUGAUGUCAUAAGAAAAAAGAAUGGUGAAUUAGAGUAUGAAAUUUUGGAGUUGAGGACGUUAAAGGAAAAAUGGGUAGAUGAUAGUAAUGCUCUUGUUGAACUUAGAAGCAAGAUUCAUGUUUUGGAGAGUGAUAAAAUUGUUUUGGCUGGUCUUGGGAUUAAAAAUGGUGAAUUGGAGGAAAAAGUGAACAAGAAUUUGACAACUAUAGGCAAGUUGAGGGAUGAAAACAGCAAAUUGGCAGAUGAGAAGCGGAAGGUUGAGACAUUACUUGAGUCUUUGAACACCAAGUUUAGAGGAUUGCAUGUUAGAGUUUCAAAAUUGGAGGAUGAUUCAAAACUUUUGACGAGUGGAGAUGUCUCUGUUGGUGUAAAUAAUGAGGGAGAGCCUUCUGCUGAUCGCGUGGUGCGAAGAAAUGAAGAUUCUCACCACUCUCUUGGAGUUAUUGCUUGUACUCAGCUGCAUAGCAAAGGGAGCAAGGAUGCUCAAGGUGCAUUAUCUGUGCCAGCUAGUGGAAAGUCGAAAUUGGAAAAGGAUAUUGAGAUCAUAAACCUUGAUGAUGACGAUGAUGAUGAUCGGUGUAUAUCUCAAGGAAUGAAUGGAAAGAAGUCUGUUUCUGGAAUUUCCGUGAAGACCGAGUAUUUGACUCCAAGUUCGUCAACAGCAUUCCAGCCAAAAGACCGUUUGGCCAAUGUAGUUGACAUGGUUAAAAGAAGAUUUCGUUUCAUUGUCAGUGAAUCCUCUAGCUCUACUUCUAUUUCCUCCGAUGAUUCAUCGUAUCUCGAGAAUCUUACAUUAAGGUCCACGGGAUCACGUGCAAAAAAGAAAAAAACAUAGGCAGACAGUAAAGGAUUGAGAUAUUAGCCACGGUAAACGGGCAAUGGCAUUAUAUAUACAAAUGUUAUCCAUGUCAUUUUGUUAGGUUCUAUUGAACAAUUAACUGAGUCUUAUGUUAGCUCUUUGUUUUUGAAAUAUACAAAUGUAAGAUUGUAUAAUACAGAUAUGGGAGCCAUGGUACAUUUGUAUCUAGGUGAACUUUAUUUUAGUAAUAAAAUUCAAUGUUAUCUACA